AUAUCACACUAGUAUAAAUUUUCCCAUGAAAUGCGUAGAGCUUUAAAUAAGCUGCUUCUACAAACUCUGCCGCUCAAAUUCCACUCUCUCCCUCACUUCCUUCUUCAACUUCUUCAUUCCAAUUCUGCUGCGUUGCAAUGGAAAUUGGCAAUCAGCCUUCCUCAUCUGAUGAAGUAAGAGAUAUCGACGACUGCUUAAUAUUUCUUGCAUUGGACCAAAACGACCAUUUUUUUGACAAAAAGAAGAAAUUAUUAGAAAGACAGGGUUUCAAGUCUGAGAAUCGCAUUUACUUGAAGUGCUCGAUGUGUCCUGAAGAAGUAGAUACGGUUCUGAAAGAAUUAGUACAAAUUGCAAGAAUUAUUCACUUAAAUGAGCCUGAAAUGUAUUUUGGAGAAAAUGACGAACGGACACCAGUAGAUUUCUACAGCCCUAGGAACGAAGUGGAGGCCUUCAAUACAAUAAUUUCUCUUGUUGACAUCUCUCUCUCUAGUUGUAAGCCUGUCCAAUUUCACGUCCUGCAAAAUUUACGGAAGGCAGUUAUUCGCAUGAUCCAUGAGUACGGAAAUGUAUACAGUAUGGAUGCUAAACCUUCGGAGGACAGCUGUACAAAAGAAAACUGUUUGUUACAGUGGGGGGAAAGCAAUGGUGUUAGGACAAGCUUGAAGAUAGCUUAUGUUGAAGGUGCUGGUAGAGGGACCAUAGCCACAGAAGAUUUAGAAGUUGGUGACACUGUAUUGGAGAUCCCUCUAGCUAUUAUUAUUUCUGAGGAACUUGUGCAGAAAAGCACCAUGUAUCCCAUAUUAUCGAAGGUUGAAGGCAUGCUACCUGAGACAAUGAUGUUGUUAUGGAGUAUGAAGGAGAAGCACAUCGCCGAUUCCAAAUUCAAGGUCUACUUUGAUACACUACCAGAAGCGUUUAAAACUGGAUUAAGCUUUGGAGUUGGCGCAAUGAAGACUUUGGACGGAACCCUACUUUUUGAUGAGCUAAUGCAAGCAAAACAGCACUUACGAGAACAAUACGAUGAGUUGUUUCCUGUAUUGUGUAACAACCAUCCUGAUGUCUUCUCAGAGGAGUUCUACUCAUGGGAGCAGUUUUUAUGGGCUUGUGAACUUUGGUAUUCAAAUAGCUUGAAAAUCAUGUUCUCUGAUGGAAUACUCAGAACCUGCUUGGUUCCAAUUGCAGGUUUUCUCAACCACUCGUUGCAUCCGCACAUACUACACUAUGGCAAAGUUGAUUCGGGUACAAAUUCCUUGAAAUUCCAUCUAUCAAGACCAUGCCGUGCAGGGGAAGAAUGCUACCUUAGUUAUGGGAAUUACUCUGGUUCUCAUCUAGUUACUUUCUAUGGCUUUUUACCUGAAGGAGACAAUGUAAAUGAUGUCAUUCCAUUAGACAUUGACUUCGGUGAUGAUGAUAGCAAUAACACCACGUCCAACUGGAGUACUCAUAUGGUGAGGGGAACUUGGUUGUCAAAGAACCAAAAUAUAUUCCAUUAUGGUCUGCCCUCACCAUUAUUAGAGUGUUUCCGGAAAGCUCUGUUCCCUGGAUUACUCACCAACCGUAAGCUACAGGGAAGCUUGGAAAAUGAAAUGGAAGUUCUCAAUGAACUCCUCUCAAUCUUUUCUGGGAUGAUGGAAAAUCUUGAGGAUGAGGAUGAAGACAGGACAAGUACAGAAUGGGAUAUAAAGUUAGCCCUGAACUACAAAGAUCUACAGAGGAAGAUAGUUUCCUCAUGUCUGACUUCAUGUCAUGCUGGUCGCAAGACGGUAGAAUUUGCAUUAUACGAUUGCAUGGAAGAGGACACUCGAGGCUAAAAACAAGAUCCUUCAGUUAUAUGCCCGUUUCCAGUAAGCCAUUUUUUUAGAUUUUAUCAUAAAGGAGAAUGCUAACCCUGUAAAAGUAGAUAAAUAAGGUGUUUGUGUCAAAAUUAGGCCAAAAGGUGGAUGAUUUAGAAGUGAUUGACUGAUCUGAUAAUGUUGUGAGCUUUUUUUACUUGGCCAUGUAUGAAUAUUAAACAAUUAGAAAUUCUUGAGCUUAUAAGAAUACAAUUUUGAUUGAGGCUGA